CAACAAGAAGGAAGAGCAAUGGCGACACUGGCUCGCCAACAACUCAGCCUGGACAGCGCUACGUUCUCGCCCGGAUCGCGGUCUCCUCUCACCGACGCAGCGGAAUCACAGCCGGCGGACGAUAUGAACUUCAACGGCCCGUUCCCAUGUGAGGAUUUCUCUCUUGUAUGCAAUGUCUGCACCCAAGUCGUCAAGCCUCAGGGCUUCCUGACCCAUUGCGGUAGUUGGGGAAUAGUUUCACACUGAGCAGAGAGGACAGCCUCCCCACCACAGACCCCUCAAAGCCAUGCACAGCAAGAACCAGAGGAGACACGGUUCUCCCAGCAGCUCUCGAGCACCUCUGGUUCCCAUGAAGGCGAAGAUGUCCCUCAGCCAGAGUGAGGUGGAGUCUCUGCCGUUCCGCGUGCCUCGCGACUACCCACACUCGCGCUUCAGCAAAGCGCCGCUGGCCGUUUACCCGCCCAAAGGAGGACGCACCAAAGCCUGUGUGUCGUUACCUGUGGUGACUCUGGAAAAGAUGCCAUGUUUCAGCAGAUCAGAGGGAGCUCAUGUUAAAGUGAACUCCUCCUCUUCCUCAUCCUCGUCCUCCUCCCUCUCCAUCAUCUCUUCCCCCCCUGCGUCUUCCUCGACCUCUGCCUCUCUGAAGUCCACUCUCGCGUCACCAGCGUCCCACAAAAAUCAGGAGAAGCUCUUGAACGGACGGGGCCCCAUCACCCCGCGCUCCACCACGCCCCCGCUGCUGAUCGACAGACGGCCCAGUCCCUCCCGCUCCCCACUGGACAAACGCCCCGCCCCCUCACCCUCCGCGCAGGACAGGAGACCCGCUGCUUCUCCGUCGCCGUCCUCAGCGGACAAGAGAACCGGAGUUCCUCCCUCGCCCUCAGACCGGAAACACCCCAACGGAGCCAAAGGCAACAGGCAUAGGAGAGUUUCAGGAAGAGUCUUCGAUCCGAAUAAACACUGUGGAGUUCUGGACCCGGAGAGCAAGCGGCCCUGCACUCGAUCUCUCACCUGCAAGACCCACUCUCUGACCCAUCGCCGAGCCGUCCCAGGGCGGAAAAAGGACUUUGAUAUUCUUCUGGCAGAGCAUAAGGGGCGGGCUAAGGAGAAGGAGGCAGGGCAAAAGAGGGAUGCAGCGAGCAGCCAAUCAGCUCAGUCGGUCCAGUCACUCGACACCUCAUCCAGCAGCAUACCCUCAAGCUGUCAUAAUGGCAAGACCACUCCGACUCUCAAACUGAGGCUUUCCAACGCGCACAUAAACAGGGGUUCUGGUGGUGGGGGUGCGGUGGUGCUCAGCUCCACGCCGGUGCCCGUGCCAGCUCCUGACCCGGUUCUGCCCAGCUGGCAGAAGUGUGGCGGGGACGCCCGUGUGUCCAGUGAUGAAGGAGAAGCUGAGCUCCCUGAAGACACGGAGAAGCCUUCAUGUCAUUACUCUCCUUACCACCCACGUCCCAUCAGCUGCUGUGCGUUCAGCAGCCGGCUGAUGGGCCGCGGCCACUACGUCUUCGACAGGCGCUGGGACAGGAUGAGGCUGGCGCUGCACUGCAUGGUGGAGAAGCACGUCAAUGCUCAGAUGUGGAGAAAAGUCCCCCUGGUGGCAGACUCUGUGGUCAGCUCGUCCCCGAGCCCAUCUGAGGCGUCUCCUCUGAGCUCCCCUCCUCUCUCCACCGUCGCUUCUGCCCUCCCUGACGGGGUCUCCAUGGUCUCCUACUCCACCCCCUUCUCCCACAACGGCGCGGGGGUCUUCUGCAUCCGGGAUCCGGAGCCCAGCCCAAAGCUGCCGCAGACUAAAGCAUCCAAGCCUGUGAGGACCUCGGGGGAAGGGGUGGCGGUCAGACGGCGGAAGCCCCCUCCCAUCUCAGACGCUGCCGCCUAUCGGAAGAACGGCAACGGCUACCACCCGCCUCCGGGCCCCGCCCACAUCAGCAACGGCACGGCGGCCCUGACCGUCCGGGCUAAGCCGCGGACGGGGGGGCCGGGGCCCCGGGACUCUGACAGGUACACCAGCGUCGAGCUUUCCCUGCCUCAGGCGCUGACAGGGGACCACGGGGGCGUCUCGUCUCACAGCCCGCUGCCCUGCAGCUCUGCCGAGGCACGCAAACGCAAGACAUCCAGCUCCGCCGACCGACCCGGCAAGAUCACCAAAACGACGGCGCUUGAUGGAAUCUUCCGCAAAUCCAGCGCCGGCCUUCUGUCCUCGGUGGCCGAGGCAUCUCAGAGUGCCCUCUCCAGACUGCCCAAGGUGCACCACUAACGGCGUGUGAGGUGGAGGGAGUCGAGCAGCUUCGCGGUGGUCUCCUUUAGCCCCUCUUCCACACGUGGUGGUGACCCCCGAACCUCUGUCCUUCUGCAUGCGGCGCCGUCUCUGUGGAGAGAGUCCAUCACACUGUGCGUCCUGCCUGUUCACUCGACUCUCUGCGCUCU